UCAGGAAGGAUGGGUUUCGCCCAACAGCCAAAUACAUUCGGUGGAUUACCAGGAGCCAAAAAUAUCAACAAUGCAACGAAUAUAAACGCCACACGGAUCAAAGAGACUCAACUGGUGAAGGUGGAGAUGUUGGAAGACUGGCCACACACAUGCGCAAUCACGUGUUAUGCUGCGGUAUCUAGCUAUGAGCGAAGGAGGACCAAUAUAUUGGAAGAUGACUGGUCGGUUGAGGAAAUUCGAUGGGAAGCGUACAAGGCCAACAGUGGAUCUGGGGGAAGCAAAUGGGAAGCCUACUGCAAAAACAUGGAAGCGAUGACAAACGAUCUUACCAUGAAAAGGAAAGCUAUAUAUGAAAACCCUGAUUUGGCUCUGAAUCGAUUUAAUGAGCAACCACAGCAUCCCAAUCCUCCCAACUGUUUCGGCACCAUGCAAGCCACUACCAGCAAUUCCGGUCAAAUUCAGGGCCAAUUUGGUAGUCGGAUAGGGGGGACGCCCGGAUUCGGUGCAGGACGUUAAACACAGUGAACACAAUUAUUUAAUACUAUUUGAAUUAAACCUUCCAACGCAAUUAUCUAUUGUGUAUUAAUAGGUGUAUAGUUAAUAUACGGUAUCGUAUUGAAGUUGCAUCACAUUUGCUUUUAGCUGGUCUCUAUCAAUUUAGGAAAGUAGUUCAAUUUUCAAUGCUUGAUCGCAUACGUAUAGGCGCUUAACGUGGUCUCCAUUAGAACAUGUUGAGAACAUGUU